GCGCGCGGAAAUCGCCAUCGCGUGGACGAUCGCCAUUACAACCACACUCUAAGGUUCCAGAUUCCCUGUAUUUUCGCCCGAAUAAGAAGAUAACAACGCUGUCCGAACCGAAGGAUGAUUAAAUUGAAUUCAAAUAUUCAUCCACUUUUUUCCGCGACAUUGACGGAGAAUUUGCGACGAAGAAAUAUAAUUACAAUAGUGGAUUUUGUCAAUGCAGAUCCGAUCAAAUUGGCGACUUUUACUGGUCUUUCGCACACGGAUAUACUGCAAGUAAAACAACACAUAGUGAAAAACUUUGGAUGUACAAAGAAAAAUGCCGUUAAUCUUCUUGCGAUAGAACGCGGACAUAUUGUCCCAACUAGUGUGAUCUGCUUGGACGAAUUGCUGAAAGGUGGUCUAUAUUCCGGGCAAUUGUACGAGCUGUGCGGACCUUCUUCUUCGGGAAAAACGCAAUUAUGUUUGACAAUAGCCGCUAACGCUACAGCUCGAUUAAACACUGUUGCGUGGUAUUUUGAUACGAAAAAAGAUUUUUCUAAACUGCGAUACGAGGAAAUUCUGAAAACAAGAAACCUCAGUCAGAAAGUUGCAGAAGAUGCACUGCAACGUAUGAAAGUCUGUUAUGUGUAUUCGCCUGAUGAAUUGAUACAAGCUCUACGACAAUUAGUAACUCUGUGCAAAAUGGAAAAGAAUAACAAGUCUCUUAAAGAGAGGAAACUCUUUCUCGUGAUUAUCGACUCUUUGCCUGCUAUUAUCUUUAAGGUGUCACAACAUGAUAAAGAGACCAUCUAUGAGCUUGACGAGUUGGCUGAGAUAUGUCGAUUUUUAACAAGGGAAUGCCACGCAGUUGUAAUCACAGUGAAUUUGGUCACCUGGUGGAAUUCACAAGAUCAAGCAGGUCUUAUAAAACCGGCGCUAGGCAAAUAUUGGAUGAACGUACCAGUUAUGAGACUGUUGCUAACAAGACAAAAUGGUGAGACUCGGAGAAUUAGCGUGUGGAGAGAUUCAAAAUUAGAAGAGAAUCUGUCUUGCAUUGUGACAGUGAACAAUACCGGAAUGACGUAGUAAUGUAAAUUAGUUUUAACAAAAAUCACUCAUUAUAAUCCUUAUCUCUUGAAAUGUAUAUAUGCUUACUUGUUAAAAAAUAAAUUGAACUUUUGUUUGAUUACUA